CACCAGUAAUUUUGCUGUGUUUCUCUCCACAGGUCAUUCCUGAGCUCAGAGUUCAGGAUGGAGGACCUAAAGGGGCAGGAGUUUUAGGUAUUCAUCUGGAGGGGCCGUUCAUCAGUGAAGAGAAGAGAGGCGCUCACCCUUCGAAGUUCCUCCGCACUUUUAAAGCAGGUGGCGUGGCCAACCUGAUGGAGACUUAUGGGUACCUGGAUAAUGUCGCCAUGGUAACCCUGGCACCAGAACUAGCCAAUAGCGCGGCAGCAAUCCGUGAACUGUCAGGAAGAGGCAUAGCAGUGUCACUUGGUCACUCUAUGGCUGAUCUCUCUCAGGCUGAAGAGGCUGUGCAGCAUGGAGCCACGUUCAUUACACAUUUGUUUAAUGCCAUGUUGCCUUUUCAUCAUCGAGACCCAGGCAUUGUGGGAUUGCUCACAAGUGAUCGUGUUCCACCAGGUCGGACGGUUUACUACGGUAUGAUCGCAGACGGGAUACACACACACCCUGCUGCGCUGCGCAUCGCACACAGAGCUCAUCCCGCAGGGUUGGUGUUGGUCACUGACGCUGUGAUGGCGAUGGGUCUUCCUCCCGGUCGACACACACUCGGACAGCAGCAGAUAGACAUCCAGGGGCUUCACGCUUACGUCGCAGAUUUCAUAGUGCUUGAUGACACACUGACACUCAGGGAAACCUACAUUGCUGGACAGCAGGUCUGGAGGAAGUGACAUCAUCUGGAGGACUGUCUUCUGCUGGGAUCCUUAAGAGUUUUUUGGUUAGAAUGUGUUAUUCUCAUUAAAUUGAAUUCUAUUGAUUGAUUCCAGAAUAUAAAAAACUACUCCAUAUAUACAAAUAUUUUUAUUACUAUUAUGACACUCUUUAUGCUCAUGUACUGUAGCAGAAUGUAUCUUGGGGCAUUUAAAAAGAGCCAGAAUCAUUUUGAUCACAUACUGUGUGUGUAUGGAUUUUUAACACAAAUCUAACUUGUUCAAAUGUGAAACACAAAAGUAAAAAAAAUCUCAAGGGUCCAGUUAUUUCAAUAAUAACCUACAUAAUUCAAUGCCCCCAAUCUAAUGUGAAACUGGACAGUUUAACCAACUGAUUUCAAUGUUUCUAUUCUAUUCUUUUUAUUUGUUAACAUUUUUAAGGUUUUAUCAUUUUUUCGGUAAAAUAAAAAUGUUCCUUUAUUGAUAAAAAUUUAUUUUUGUGAGUCUGAUUGAGGAAGACGCACAUAUAAUGGAUGUAUUAAUGAUAUCCAGCUUACUUGAACUGAUUAUCUGUUUAAUUAAAUGCAUCUUUAAAAUUCAAAAACCCAACAAUAAAACCUAACAAAGCAUUCAAUUCAUAUGUUUCGACAACACAACUUAAUUAAACAAUAACCUCAAUCUCGCAAUAAAAGCAGCUUCUAUUAAAAAACAUUGCUCAA